AUGAGCAAACAAACAAUGGACUCGUCUUUUCCUCUCGAUGGGUUUAUCUACACUUCUUUGUACGACCUAAACAAUAACUCUGGACUAAAAUCAUCCUCACCCAUCACUGUAUGGCCUUCAUUCGAUAACACCCCUCAGACACAAGACCAACAACAACUAUUACUUCACCUGCAACAGCAACAAUAUUUCCCUAGCCUUCACCAACACGCACCAAACGCUGAAAAAGCCUUCCCACUUGUGGUGCCAUCGACUCCAUCUGCUUUCUCUUCGAUUUCAUCGCCCUGUUAUCCAACCAACUUUAAUCAACGCUCCGAUCUGAACACUAAAAGCGCUAACAAAGAUGAAUACGAUAUCUGUAUGGCUGAUGCAUCAGUCAAUUACUAUGAUACUGCCGCUAUGGGGGCCAUGAGAAGCGCCUUAUCCAAUGCGCUAGAGCCCUCUAUCGCUAUGAGCCGGUCCUCAAGCGUCAUGACCUGCAUUGAUCCAACGUCCCUCAUGUUGCAUAGUAGCUCAAACUCUUCCGGGUUCUCUUCUCCCUGCCUUUCGGGCCCACACAGCCGCCGAAAUUCCUUUAUCCCCAUGAACGGUAUCGAAUAUGCCGAUAUGAACGAAAGUCCAAUGAUAGAAUCCAUAUUACAAGAAGAUAGCUUAACCCUAUCCUCUCAGUCAGUAGCUCCCACACUUGCGUGCACAAGCUCUGAAUGCUUAGCGGCCUCCUAUAUCACUCAUCCGUACGUUGAAGACUUUAUCAUGCCAGAUGGUACGAUCUACCGGUUCGAUGGAACAUCCCUCAUGCCUGUGCCUAGUAUCCACUACAGUAAUGUUCCUUCUGCAUCAUCUUCCUGCUCUUCAUCCUCAUCGCUGUCCUCACCCUUAUCCUCAACCUCACCACCCUCAUCAUCUUCAUCAAUGUCAUCGCCUCCCUCUUCCUAUAUGAUGAACGAACCAUCCCUGAACUCGAAACCAUUCGUAAACAGUACACUCAUGCAUCAAGCACUUACAAUGAUGGUUCCUCCUAAGGUCUCACUUACGGAUUAUUUGCCAAUGAUGGAUCCAUCUAUGUUGUCUGCCUUCUUGGAAGGGAAUAUGGAUUCAACAGCUAUGCUAACUAGACCAGCGUCGUCAACAAUGACAGGCGCACCGGCCAUGACAGCUACCCGUAAAAAGACAUCGGCCCUGAAGAAAUCAUCCAAGAAAGUAAUCUCACCCUCCGUUCGUCGGUUCUCUGAAGACUCUGCAUAUUCAUCUUCAUCAUCUACUAUUGUGUUGCCACAGUUAGAUAGAUUCAUUAACACUGGGAGCAGUGGGAAUGAUAAUAGUGGCGCUUGUGGUGAUGGUGAUGGUGGCGGUGGUGCACAGAAUAAAUAUCGCAAGGAUGGGGCAGGUGAAUUCCAAUGUCCGUUCGAGAACUGCUCGUAUCGCUACAACCUUCGACGAGAACUCAAUCGACAUCGUAAUGUUCAUCUGUUUGCUGGCAAAGACAAGUACAGAUGCAUGAACUGCAACAGUGGACUGUGUCGGCUAGACUCAGUUAAAAGGCAUAUGGAAGCUAAGGGCAAGAUUGAAUGUCUAAAAAAAGGACUCUAUCAAGAGUUCAAAGAAAAUGGAGAAUUGAUUCGUAUACGUAAAUGUAAACCAAGUUGGUAUGAAGCUGCUGCUGCAAAUGCUGCUGCUGCCGCUAUGGGUACGAGCACGAGCACGAGCACAAGCACGGAUGCAGGUGCAGGUGCAGGCAUGCUCGCUGAUACUGAUGCUGAGGAAUAA